AACGUUUUUUUUCCCUUACCAUAUUCCAAUUGAUUAUUUGACAUGUACCUGGGGCGACAUUCAUAAUGGGACGCUUAGAGUCCCAUGUAUAUUUUAAACUAUCAAUCUAAAGUCGCUGAAACGUUGUUUUUAAGAACAAGUUUUAAAGUCCCCGGGUUGCGGUCCACCUCAAAUACAGUACGGUACAGGUAUAACCAUCUUGGCACUCAAAAUGGCGGCCAGCUCGAGUAUCCUGGCGAGAAGACUCACCGCAUCGUGAUGGCCACAAAACGUACAGUGAUUCUUUUUCUUUUUUGUUGUUUUAGUGUGUUAAACACACCGAAAAGAAGGCAUUUUUUGCUCAAAUUGGAAGCGGCCCUCGGACGACUUCCGGCCGUUAGUUAGCCAUUUUGUGCCCAUUAGCAUUGUCGCCACUGCUCUUUGAUUAACUGUCAAGUGCGUAGUACUUGCGCAAAUGUGACGCACAAAGGAGACCCCAAUCCUCGUCGUGAUUGGCUAAUUUCGGGAGGCCGCAAUAUUUUGGGUUAUUUUUAAGAGGCCUCGAUAAAAGUAACGCCGUUAGUAGCGAGGAGACAUCGAGCGAGGAUGACCAGCGUAAAAGUGCACAGAUUUUUGGAUUUUACCAACGCGGAUUUAGGCGUUAUGACCAGCAAUCAACAGGUCAUGGGUGCACCGGUGGUGCUUAGGCGUCUUAAUGUUCCAUUUCCGCUUGGACAGAUUUCCUAUAUAUUGCCCUUUGGCUCUUAUCUCCCUUCUGGACCUCCACCAACACCACAAAAAUCAGCGAGAAAGAGGACUACAGGAGACCACAACUCCGCCAAGCCAUAUAUUAAAAAACCUCCCAAUGCAUUUAUGCUAUUUUUAAAGGAACAAAGGCCCCUUAUCCAGGCCGAAAUAAUAAAUUCAGGCACACUUCCAAAAGACAGUGCCACGGUAAAUAAGAUCCUCGGGAUGAUGUGGAAGUCGCUGGCACCCAACGAGAAGGAGAAAUACUUCAACGAAUCUGAGCGGCUGAAUGACAUUCAUGCCAAAAUGUACCCUGACUGGUCCUGCCGUAAUAACUAUGGCAAAAAGAAAAAGAGAGAGUGGUGCCAUGCAGCCAAAAGUUUCAACUAUCCGACCGCAUCUCCACCCGAGGUUCACGUGCAGGCCCACGGGCCGUGCAAAUGCACAUGCAGGUGCAAGAAACGUGAGGACCUCAAGGCGGACCUGGUCUCCACUCACUUCGAUGAGGCGAUUCCGACAUCCUCUUCCUCCUUGCCCUCGCCAGCGAUGGAAUCGGUCAUGGCCUACCCGCCCUCCUUGCCCUCACCAGCGAUUGAAUCGGUCAUGGAAUCCCCGCCCUCCUUGCCCUCGACCAGCAUCCCACAGGCUAAGCCUAACGAGGACCUGAUCCUCACACUUUUAAAUAACUUGGGAAAUGUCGAAGCGUCGCAAUGGGACGAGGCGUCCACCUCUUCCCUCUCGUCCACAUGCACCGUCACCCCACACGGCGUUGAGGAGGACCUUACCUCCGCUCUAUUCAAGGAGUUGGAAGCCCUGGAGGCGGCCGAAGCCUCCUUUUCAUCUUCGUCCACAUGUACCAACAGCCCGCAUGAGGACGACCUGACCUCCACUCUUUUUAAGGAGCUGGAAGCCCUGGAGGCGGCGGAGGCGGCCAAUGCGUCCUCAGCCUCCUUUUGGUCCUGGUCCUCUUGCUCCACUUACAGCGUGGAGUAGGCGUGGCCAAAGCAGAGAACGUGCCGGGUGUCCUCAACCCGGUUUGCACUUGGGACUAUGUACAGUAUCUAUGCACAGACUGAAUUUCUUGAUUGAUAUUUUAACUCCUUGACUGUCGAUUGACUCUUAAUUUGUAUCUGAGUGUGACGUGCAUUCAGGCGUCAAGGUCACGUUACAUCUGCCAACACUAUGAAUUGCUUUGUUUAGUUAAUUUUUUAAUGACAAUUUUUACGAUGAAUUGCUUGUUUUUUAUGAAUAUUUUAGUGACAAUUUUUACAUACAUAAUUUUAAUAGAUUUUUAUAUAGAGUGUUGUCACAAUAAUUGUCUUAACGGUGAUGGGAAAGUCUGGUGUCAAUGUAACCUUUUUACAACUUACAUACUGUGUGCUAUUUCUCUUUUUACAUGUUUACAAUUGUACAUUACUAUGAAUGGUUUCUGAAUAUUUUUUAAAAUGUAUUUUAUGAAUUUUAUUCUGCGGAAAAUUACCUGACACCUGACCAAGCACAAAUUUAGACAGUACAGAAUUUAUUAUUAUUAUUAUUAUUGAUUGAUUGAUUAAAAACAGUGUGUGAC